AUGUUCACAAGAUAUCCAUUAAGUGUCCAUUACCAUAGAGUCUUAUUGCAAAAUCCAACCCGAAAUUAUGCGACUCGAGUUGAACCGACAUUCUUGAACUGGAAAAAUAUCGCCUUGGGAGGUGGCAUCUUUACUGUACUUCUCUACACUUAUUUAGGUACCUUACAGCGAAAGACAAUUUCACCUGAAGAAUUUGUCCCUUUGACUAUUACCCAAAUCUCUCCAGUCAACCAUAACACAAGUGUCUUUCGCUUGAAAUUUCCAACUUCAUUCGAGGAACCUUUGCCAACUGUCUCUUGCUUUCAUAUUAAAGAUGAUUUAAUUCAAAUCAUGCGUGAAUAUACUCCUGUUUCUCCUUCAAAUGAAAAGCAUCAUAUUGAUUUCUUGAUCAAACGGUAUGACCAUGGACAUAUGUCACGAUACAUUCACUCCAAAAAGGAAGGUGAAACAUUGGAGGUUAGAGGUCCAUUUGUUUCCUUUCCUUAUACAACUAACAUGAAGACGCAUGUUGGAAUGAUUUGUGGAGGAACAGGAAUAACUCCCAUGUACCAAAUUAUAGAUCACAUUUGCCGUAAUUCCGUAGAUAAGACAAAAAUAUACUUAAUUUAUGCAAAUGUUGCCAAGCAAGAUAUUCUUCUUUUUCAAGAAUUAGAGCAGCUGUCACGAGAACAUCCUGAUCAGUUACACAUAUAUUACACUCUGGAAAAGCUACCCGAAGGGGAAUCCUGGACUCAGGGUAUCGGUUAUGUGACCAAGGAGAUGGUGAAAAACAAUAUUCCCGGACCUCAACAAGAUGUUCUUCUAUUGGUUUGUGGUCCCGAUGAGAUGGUCAAACAUGUGAGUGGUGAAAAGGCAAGAGAUUUAUCACAGGGACCUAUAGGUGGAUUGUUAGGGAAUAUUGGCUACACGCAAGAUCAGGUCUUUAAAUUUUGA